AUGCAAGAUUAUGAUAAAUAAGUUUAAGAGAAUAUAAGAAUGGCAUAAUAAUUUAAAGAAGAGGGAAAUUAGUAUUAUAAAAAUUAGGAUUGGAAGAAAGCCUUAAUUUGUUAUCACAAAGUAUUUUUAUACAUCAAUGGUUUUAUAAGUAAAGAAGAUGAAUUUAAAUCAUAUUCUAAGGUAAAUUAAGAUGAUGUAUUUAUUAGGUUUAAUUAACAAGCUAAGAAUAGACCAAUGCCAUUCGAGAGUUGAAAUGUUUGACUUAUGGAAAUAUGGCUUAGGUCUAUAUAAAUUAAUAGAAAUAUAUAAAAGGAAAAGAAGCAGCUAUAAAUAGUUUAGAGAUUAAUAGAAAUAUUAAAGUUCUAUAUAGAUUAGCUAUUUGCAAUAUUGAAUUAAAUAAUCUGGAGGAAGCUAGAGUAUAAUUGUUGGAAGUGCAAAAAUCAGAUAAUAAAAUAGAUAUCAGUCCUUAAUUGAAAUAAAUAGAGAUUAAAGAAUCUAGCAAAAAUAAGUAGUUGGCUUAAGCUAUGAAAAAGUUGUUCAUUUGA